AUGUCCAUCUACCAGCUCGCCCAGCUGCUCCCGCUGCCAGAUGAGGAACUACAGCAAGUUCUCGACUAUGCCUCGACUCUCUCCAAACCCGAAGCGGUCACACACUUUAGCAACCUCCUCGGCGAUUCGCCUGCCGUAAUCGAUUUUAUAUCCACGUUCAACGCUCGUCGAAAAGAUCCCGCGGCUCCCGCAGCCCCUCCAGCCGCUUCGACAUCAAAAGCUCCGUCCAAAGCUUCAAAACCUGCCGCUCCUGAAACAACAGACGCUGUGCCCAAAUCGACCAGAGGGCCGAAGAAGAAGAAAGCGCCGAUACACACCCCAGAGGCCCGAAAAGUCGAAAACUACGCCGGUCCAGCUGGAAAGGCAUACAAUAAAAAGGAUUCCGAUCUGGAGUACAUAUCUCAGCGAUCCAGUGCUCCGAGCAGCAAUCGCCCGUCAAGGACAGCCUCGCCGGCAAGACCUCCCGUUAAGGAACCAACUGUUACAGUUACAAAAGCGGCACAACCUACCAAGGUCGAAGCCCCAGUCCCAAAGCAAUCGAAUUCUACAGCGGCUGGUUAUCUCAUAUCCGACGGCCCAAAAAAGUCAAAGCCCAAGUCUACACCAGUUUCUCGUACGUCGACGCCAAAGCCGACCAACGGCGGAAAUGUCACCAAGAUUUCAAUCUCAGGAGGUGUGCCGAUGGCGGGCCAGUCUACAGCGUUGGCUGAUCUGGACGCUGCCAUCCGAUCUCUAGAAAUUACGACAAACCCAACGCUGGAGAAGGAUACCAAGUCAAGGAAAUGCAAUUGCGUGGCAGCCAGACACCCUCUUCAAGCUGCGGCCCCCAAUUGUCUGUCUUGCGGAAAAGUCAUCUGCUUGAAGGAAGGCUUGGGGCCAUGUACGUUUUGCGGCACACCACUACUAAGUUCCGACGAGAUCCAAGCCAUGGUUAGAGAACUGAAAGACGAGCGUGGCAGGGAAAAGAUGGCAGCGAACGCAGCGGCUCAUCGCAAGGCAGAUGUAGCCAAGACACCCGCACCGUUUACGCCGCCGCGAGGGUUGGAUAGCGAUGCUCCAUCACUGUCUGAAGCGGCUGCCAAAGCACGAGACCAUCGAGACAAGCUGCUCAACUUCCAGGCGCAAAACGCCAAGCGCACGACGGUGAGAGAUGAAGCAGCAGACUUUGACGUGUCGGGUGCCAUGGGUGGAAUGGGCAGCAUGUGGGCGACGCCCGAAGAACGAGCAAAGGAGUUGAAGAGACAGCAGAAAAUCAUGCGAGAGAUGGAAUGGAACGCACGGCCAGACUAUGAGAAGCGGCAGCAAGUGAUUAGCAUCGACCUUGCUGGCCGUCGAGUUGUGAGGACCGUUGCGCCCGUCGAACGCCCAGUCACACCAGAGGAAGAUGAUGGUCCAGAAAUCGACUCUGGCAUCCUGCGAGAGACUUCUGGAAACAAGAACGCUGGCGGGGCUUUUAGUACAAAUCCGCUUUUGGGGGCCGUGAUGAGGCCCGUCUAUGAUGCCAAAGGCAAAGGGGCCGAGGCAGAGGGCCGAAGCAGCCGCAGCAAGGGAUGGAGAAGGGUUCAGGACGACUUGGAUAAUAAUGAAGGAGUUCUUCUUGACGGAGGAGCGUAUGGCUCACAAGCGGCUGGCGGAGACGAACCGGACUGCGGAUAG